CAAUAAUCUAACCUAGCAUUAACAUUUAUUUGAUGCCUUUUUAAUUCGUCUUUAAUUGUGUAACUUCUAUUAAAAACACGUGCACAAAAUGCCAGUUGAUUUAGGUUUCGUUGAAAAAUGUGAGCCCUGGCAAUUGGAAAGUAGAUUUUUUCCAAGUAAAAUAGGUGGUAGACCAGCUUGGUUAGAUUUAAAAAAUAUACCCAGCAAGGAAGAUCUUGAAUGCGAAUAUUGCAAAAAUCCAUGCACUUUUUUGUGUCAAAUUUAUGCCCCAUACGAGGAAGAUGAUGAUGCAUUUCAUAGAAUGUUGUAUGUAUUUAUAUGUAAGGAUCCAAGUUGUUGUAAAACAAAUGAAAAUGGGAAUUUAAAGGUUCUGCGCUCUCAGUUAAAUAGAUUCAAUCCCUUUUAUCCUUCAGAACCACCUAUAGAAAAAGAAGACUGGAGAACGGAUAUCAGUACCGAUUCUUGGUGCAAAACUUGUUGCGUUUGUGGCAUCUCAGCACUGAAUCAUUGUUCCAAAUGCAAAAUUGCUAAUUAUUGUUGUCGCAAUCACCAAAUCUUUGAUUGGAAACAAGGCCAUAAACAUAAUUGUGGCAAUAAUGUAAAUAUAAGUAAUAGUUUUCUCUUUCCCGAAUAUGAACUAGUAAUAGAAUCUGAAGAAAGUAUAAAUGAAGAUGAUGAAGAUUGUAAUGAAAUAGAAGAAAAAGAAAUGGCAAAAUACAAAUCCAUGGUACAACGUAACGAAACAGGAUCCUUCCAAGCUGGAAAAGAUGAGGAGGAUUUAGUAAAAAUGGCCAAUGCUGAUGAAGAUGAAAUAUUUGCUCGAUUCCAUGCAAGAAUUGCUCACAAUCCAGAACAAGUUGUAAGGUAUGAAAGAAAUGGACAAAUUUUAUAUAUUUCAGAUAAUACAAACAUUCAGAAUGUUCCAAAAUGUUCAUUGUGUGGUGGAGAAAGACAAUUUGAAUUUCAAAUCAUGCCCCAAUUGCUGAAUUUCUUUAAUUACGAAGAUGUUAUUAAUUCAGUAGAUUGGGGUAUACUUGUUAUAUUUACUUGCAAAAAAUCUUGUAUGCCUAAUGAAAAAUAUGCAAUGGAGUAUAUAUGGAAACAAGAUAUUGUAUCAGAUAAAAUUGAUAGUUCGUCUGAAAAUAAAAAUGAUUCUACAAAUUAUAUUUAUUCUUUAAAUGCUUAACUUUACCUUUACAUUUUUUUUUUUUAAUAAUAUCCAAAUGAUAAUUCCUUAAAGAUAACAGUUCACUUUUGCAUAAACUUUGAUAAAACAGUUAUAUUA